GGUCUAUGCGACGUUACUCCCGAAGGAUUUGCACAUUUAACUCACAUGUUAAUGAGCCUUGCAGGUGGAAAAGUAAUUCUUGUUCUUGAGGUAUUGUAUAUACUAUAUAUUACAGUGCACAGAAAUGCAUGGUGUAUACUGCAAGCAGACCUGGAAAAUAGUGGGAUCUCGGGAUCCUGAGGAACAUUUGCCUUAGCAACAAGAUUGAGGAACAUUGAAUUUUUCACGCGUACUUUAAGGGAGAAUUUUAAGGAAUCAUAUUUAGUUAUCUGCCAUUUGAGUCUAUUUUGUGAUUGCGAAGUGUUCUUCAUAUCCUGUUAAUAGAAUUUGAAGAUUGUUUUGUUUCCUCAGCAAUUUUACAACCAAUAUAAUUGAGUUCCAGAUUCUACUCGUGCAUGCGCAUGAGAAGCGAGGAGAAUAUUGUUGCUCAAUAUUUCAGCUGAGGAGCUGUGGUUUUUUCAGGUAAAACGAAAAACUAUAUUACGCUCUAUCUAUAUGGUAUUGAGCACUAUAUAGCGGAAUUAAUUCAGUCAAGGUUUGAAUGUUUGCGUCGCUACUCUGAGUUUCACGCUUUACGCGAUCAUCAGUUGCCUGAUGAUCGCGUAAAGCGUGAAACUCGGAGUAGCGAGUAUAUAUAUAUAUAUGUUCUCUUAACUACAUUACUAGGGUGGAUAUAAUUUGACAUCUGUGGCGGAGUCGUUAUGUUCCUGUGUGACUACAUUACUAGGAGAUCCUUGUCCAUUGCUGGAACCUUAUUCUGUCUCGGACAGGUACUGCAUGUAUGUAAUAUUGGAGCCGGUGACUUGCGUUAACUCCAGACGAAGGGCCAUCGCUCGAAACGUCGAAAUUCUCCUUAAUAAUUUAUAUAAAUUUAUAUAACUUAAAAUUUAUAUUUUUCAUUGACCAAAGAAAUUUAGUUCAUUUAGUUUGGUUUAAUUAAAUACUUUAUUGGGUAAAUAUAGCCUAUGAACAUAUAAUUAUUUACAAAAAAGACGUACUAUGCAUACUAGGCAUUACCGAAAUGGAAGAGGUGCGAACGGAACGUAAAUAACUAUCCAUGCAAGGCACCUGAUCAAAGCUAGGUCAUAGUUCUUAUAUAAAGGUCGAUCUUAUUAAUUUCUACGAUAUAUGUUUUACAACAUGUGUUAGGAAGCUAGACUGAAACGUUCCUAAAUAUAGGCCAUUUCCCAAUUACGCUCAAGCUAUCAAGAACAAUAACUCCAAGUGGAGGCUUCAUUGGAAGUGGCUUAUUUGCAUGUUUGAUCGAUUUUGUGGAAAACAUCACGUUUAUCUAUUUUGCAAAAUGUUUCAUCCAAAAGCGCGGAUCCCUUGGAAAUAUUAAUACGAUAGAAAGGCGGCCGCUAUGAAGACUGCGCCAUACCCAGAACUCCAGAAGCCAGUAUAAUAAAAAUUCCAGAAGCCCCAUAUGUUAAGUCCGAAGCUGUUCAGGUAGAGAAGGUAUAGGGUAGGACGAUUAGGGAAAACCAGUACAACUAGGAUAAUUAUUUGUAGGAGUAUUAUCGCCUAUAAUAUCUUUUUUAGUGCACUUGAUUCCAUCAACUCCACCGUUCGUGUUCACUCGCAAUACUGGAGAAAUCUGAAACAAGACGACCCAGUAAAUUAA